CCUCGAACUCUCUCUUGGGCCGCUAUAAAAUACGACCGUUUCUUCCAUUUCCCACCACCACCAUCAUCCUCAUAAUCAUCUUCUUCUUCUUCUUCUUCGUCUCUUUCUCGGACAUCGCCGACCUUGAGCAACCAUCGCAACUUCACGGGUUCCUCAGAUUCAAUGGCCGCUUGCAUAGACGCUCCCAGGAGAGAAAGUUGCCAGCUUUCCCGCGAUCCCAACAGGUCCCAAGGCGACGAUCUAUCGCGCAAGUUCGCUACAUGCUGCCGACCCGGUUUCCGGGAUCGCCUUGCCUCGUCCUCGUCCUCCCCCGCGUCCGCCGAAGCCCUCGAUGCGAGGGAAGGGGAAGAUGAUUUGUGGCGUGUGAUGCAAGAUGAGGCUUUUUGCGACGCCUGUCAAGAAACCAUCUUGUGGAAUUACUAUCAGGACUCGAUUAUGAGUUACAGCUCGUUGGAGAGUGCUCUGGCGAAUCAUCUCUCGGUUAAAUUGAGCAAUUCGAGCAUUUGUAGGCGAACCCUUUUCGAUCUUUUCAAGGGUGUCUUCGACGAUGACCCUGAAAUCACGAGUGCUGUCCGGGCUGAUUUGAGAGCGGUGAAGCAGAGGGACCCUGCCUGCAAGACUUACAUCCAUUGCUUUCUUAACUUCAAAGGGUUUUUGGCAUGCCAAUCCCACAGGGUGGCUCAUAAACUGUGGUCACAAGGAAGGGAGAGUCUAGCAUACUUGUUGCAGAACAGGGUGUCCGAGGUGUUUGGAGUGGACAUCCAUCCCGGCGCGAGGAUCGGGCGGGGGAUACUGGUCGAUCAUGCCGCUGGAGUGGUGGUCGGCGAGACUGCAGUGAUCGGGAACGACGUGUCCAUUUUGCACAAUGUGACCUUGGGAGGCACUGGUAAAGUCUCCGGUGAUAGGCACCCCAAAAUUGGAGAUGGGGUCUUGAUAGGCGCGGGGACUUGCAUUCUCGGGAACAUUAGGAUCGGUGACGGAGCUAAGAUCGGUGCGGGGUCAGUUGUGUUGAAGGACGUGCCGCCCAGAACUACUGCCGUUGGUAACCCGGCAAGGUUGGUUGGAGGGAAAGAGAACCCAACUGAGCUCGAGAAGUUGCCCAGCUUCAACAUGGACCAAACUUCACAUAUUUCUGAAUGCUCUGACUAUGUUAUUUAGAAGACUAAAUCCUCAGUUAUUUUUUGUUCCGUUCAUUUGUCCUGGUCAGUUCAGUUCGGGCGGAGUGUUCUAUUUGUGGUAUUUAGAGAGAACUGAAGUUCUCCUGGUCCACAAACGGCAACCGCCUUGCUGUCGUAUCACUGGCAUGAAGGCUUUGUCUUGCUUGCUGCUAUUGCCUACAUGUGUUGGAGCAGAAACCAUCUAUUGAGACAUGAUCUCAGGAGCUGAUGUACUUUUUUACCUCCCAAUUAUAACGGUAAAUCGAUGUUUGAUGGGUUUCUAUGGUUAUAUUGCUGAUUAUUAUGAAAGAAAAUGGCUAUGGCCGAACCAUUUUCUAGUUUCUUUGCUUAAGAAAUUGCUUGCUUUCACUCCUA